AUGACGCUUUUGCGCUUUACCCAUGUGGGGGAGCCGUCGUCGCACCGCUUAGUGAUGACCAUCAAACAGGACAGGGAAGAAGCUGCACACCGAAAAGGGAAAUCAACGGUUUCAGCUUCUGCAAACGGAGAAAAUGUAUCGGCGGCGGCAGCAGCAACAGUGAGCUGUCGUGAAGGCGCAGCUUUACCACCCAUUGGGGAGAAACCAGAGGAGCAUGCGGGUGGCAGCGAAGUUGGAGAAGCGGAUGACAAACGGUAUCGCAGUUUGGCAUAUUUUUACGCCUUUUCAGAGCACACUAUUUUGUGCCUACGGCGGUCCUUGGGUGCGUUUCACUUCAUAGCGUUUGUGUGUGAGCUGCUGCGUCAGGCUUCGUGUCUGCCGCCUGAUACAGCGUCUGCGCAGGAGUCCGCGUCAGAGGAGCGCCGAUUUAUGUAUGACGGCAGUGCCUCACCACUUUCGGAUGAACGUGUGUGGCCAUUUGUGCGACUCGCAGUGGGCUUGGUGGAUGAAAUGUCGGCUGACUUGGGUGGAUUUCUUCGGCGUGAGACAGAAGAACGACAUCGGUUGCGCCACUGUGAAGGCGAGACUGCACCCACUGGGAGUAUGGAGGAGGGGGCGGAGGUUGUUUUGAACGUCGGGGCGGUGUUGGAAUUCUUGAGGCUGCUGGACACCUACGAUCCGUUGCGUCAUGAACGGCGACUCCAGCCGCAUCCAUCAUUCCCAUCAAUGUCGUCACCGUCUUCUUUAACGUCUGCGGCGCCAAAUGUCUUUGACGACGCUGUUCAGAUUCCACACCGUCAUCUUUACCGAGUGUUGUUGCAGGUGCCGCAGCAUUGGGGCGAAGUAACGCCUUUGGCGACGCCUGCUGACACGCCGCGCGUACGUCUGCAAAAUAUAUCGUCGGUAUUUGACUACUGUAGCACGUCAGCUGAAUUUGACUCGCUGUUUGGACCGUUCGACACCUCUAUGGAAGCGCAUCGUUGCUUGUCCAAUAUUUUUGGCGCUGAUCGCCCGCUCAUAACUGAUGUGUGGCUUCCCCUCACCGCACUGCAGUCUCAACAGCACCGGAUCGACAAGUGUGUUAAAAGGCUGCUGUUUGAGGCGUUGAUGCGUUGCCUGGUGCGUGACAGGGAGUCGCUAGCCACUACGAGGGCGCGGUUCGCGGCACUUGGCCCGCGUGAUUUGGCCUGCGUUGCACAGACGUGUCUCCGUGGUGAUACCUGGAAUACCAUGGGAAACGAUGGCCAUAACUACCAGGUCGGUGACGCGCGGCGGCGCAGCAGGGAGGCAGAGGCGGUGAGUGCGCUUGAGUUGCUCACAGACAUGCUGCCAAGUGCCACGGCAGAGGACAUUCAUGACAUUAUCGUCGUGCUGCUGCCGCCCCCUUCCGCCGGGGCUCGGCGAGACGGAGACGAUGGGGGCGCGUCGUAUGCACCGUUUCAUGGAGAGUUCACGGAGGUGCGACGCUUUCUCGCUCACGUUGCUGUUGUCAUAGGCAACGACACGGAGCGGUUCCCGCCACCAGUGCUCUACGACAUUAUUUUGCGCCUGCAUGAGCCGCACCGCCUCGUCGCUCCUGCCGCGGCUCGCAUGAUGUUAACAAACCUCCACGCGGGCGAUGAUGCAAUCAAGCAACAACCACCGCUGGAGAAUGAAGACGAGGCGGAGGCCUCGGCGGAGGCCGAGGAGGGUGAUGGGGACCAGGUGCUGGAGGAAACCGCCGGCGGGCCAAGCAGGCAGCGAUGCUACACGGCAACUGUUGCUCUUCUACGAAGUAUCGUCUCGUCCGCUUCUUCCUCGUCGUAG